ACGCAUCGAGACUUUACGUUCAAUGUUACGAAGAAGGAAGUAUUGAUGUGCAAUAUGGCAGCGAUGUGGACGCUGUUGAAAGUUUUUCUGACAGUUUUCUGUUUGAGCCUUAUUCAGAAUUCAUUUGCUGUGCAGAAAAAUAAACAGGAUUUACUUACUGAAAAGGUACAACAGAUGACAGAAUGGAACAACAAGAAAUCUGUUAUCAAGUUUAAUGGAGAUAAAUUUAAACAGUAUGUUAGAACUGCACCUAGAAAUUAUUCAGUAAUCGUGAUGUUAACUGCUCUACAGCCUAAAAGACAGUGUUCUGUAUGCAAACAAGCCAAUGAAGAGUAUGUAAUCCUGGCUAAUUCUUGGAGGUACUCCCAGCAGUAUUCUAACAAAUUGUUUUUCGCUAUGGUGGAUUAUGAUGAUGGUGCAGAUGUGUUUUCACAGCUGAAGAUGAACACUGCUCCAGUAUUUAUGCACUUCCCAGAGAAAGGCAAGACAAAGAAAGGAGACACUUUAGAUAUUAACAGAGUAGGAUUUUCUGCAGAAGCCAUUGCUAAAUGGGUACAAGAGAGGACAGAUGUACAGAUCAGAAUAUUCCGUCCUCCUAACUAUUCAGGGACACUUGCUUUAGCAUUGCUGUUUGCCUUGAUUGGUGGAUUGCUAUAUUUGAAGAGAAACAAUUUAGAAUUUAUCUACAACAAAACGUUUUGGGGAAUUGGAGCACUGGUAAUAAUUUUCGCAAUGACAUCUGGACAGAUGUGGAACCAUAUACGAGGACCUCCUGUAAUGCACAAAAAUCCACAAACUGGUCAGAUUAAUUAUAUACAUGGGAGUAGCCAAGGACAAUUUGUUGCAGAAACAUAUAUAGUCUUUUUAUUGAAUGCAGCAGUUGUUGGAGGGUUCAUAAUGUUGAAUGAAGCUAAUAAUAUCAAAGGAGACAGUGGAAAAAGAAGAAUUCUUGCAUUGGUUGGCCUAGGACUUGUUGCCUUCUUCUUUAGUUUACUGUUAUCAGUGUUUAGAUCUAAAUACCAAGGAUAUCCUUACAGCUUUUUGUUUAAGUAAAGAAUUAAAAGGAAGCAAUGGUGUUUUUUAUGUGUGGCUGUUGUGAAGAUGCAAUCAAGGACUACUAGGACAUUUUGUUAUGAAAAUUUAUAUUGUUGAAAGCUAGAAUAAUGAUGAAUGUUGACUGACAGUUUGUCUGCAAAAGCUGUUAAAUUGUGCUGUACCUACACAAUCUGGCCUAAUAAGCAGAAAGUUCUUGGAUGAAUGUUGUCUUCAAAUUAAUCAAUUAAAGGAGAAUGUAUGAUACAGCUACUUUUUUGGCCCCUUAUAUUUGGAAAUUAAAAAAUGUUAUAUAUCUGUCUAAUGACAUUGUUUAGACUUAUAGUAAGCAAGUUAGUUAAUGUUAUUAAAAGUCAUCACAUAUAUAAAAGAUAAAAAAGUAACAUGAGCUCUAAAUGUCUAAGGAGCUUACAAAAGAUAAGUCGGUCAGACAAUUUAUUUGUGAAUUUUUGUCUUGCAUAUUUGCUUUAUAGUAAGUCCUCCAAAUUUCUUGAUUUUAAAGAAAAACGACCAUAAUUAUUUCUCCGUUUAUAAGAAAUGAGUAAACAAAAUUAUUUAUUUGCCACUAUAUGUCUCAUUGGAAAGUUUUAAUGUGAUGUUGUGAGGCUGAUGUUUAUAUUUGAAUUAAUCAAACACUGUUUGUUUGUAAACUGGCUAUUUUAAGGCAAUCAUGUCAAUCGUGACAUGUUUAUCAUCACAGAUGAUGUUUCUUGCUAAAAGCACCAAAUUAUAUUAUCUUCUUCAUUUAUUGGUUGAAUUGACAUAAUUUUGAUUGUGUUGGAAGAAUUUUACUCAAUGCAAUCUCAGGGGUCAGAUAAAAUCUCUGAUCAUACCUCCUUCUCUGACUCAAUAGUGUACAUACAUUUAGCAAUCAGAAACAUUUUUGAAUAAUCACAGAAAAGGAUUUACUGUCUGAUGUGCAUUAAGAAAAAUAAUAAUUACUUUGAAUAUUGGUUCUAUUAAUUUUGAUUUUGAAAGGGAAAAACAUAAAUGAAGAUUGAAAAUUGUAAUUAUUGUAAUUAUUGUUAAUUGUUGUCAGGUUUAUACAUUGAUAAAUGGGAAAAUAUCUUUUUUAAUAAAAACAAAUUAUUUGUUGUUUUC